GUUUAAACAUAGAAACAGGCAGCGGCUCCUCGGAGAGUUCGGAGUUUAGUUUGAGGACAAAUAAUCGUUAAAGUCGCGCUUUCGAGCAGUUUGUAGGCGGAGGUACAGCUGUAACGGCGGGAUGGACGGGGCCAACGGUACCGGAGAGGUUUGGCAGAUUUCGGAGAAGCUGGAGAAGUCUUUGUCCAUCGACACAGAAGACGAAAGGAGGGGCGGCGUCAUCAUCACCACCUACACGAUGCUCUUAAACAACUGGCAGCAGCUGUCCACCUACAAUGGCAGAGAGUUCACAUGGGACUACAUGAUCCUGGACGAGGCUCACAAGAUAAAAAGCACAACCACCAAAACCGCCAAAAGUGCCUACGCCAUACCGUCCAAGAACCGAGUCCUACUCACAGGAACUCCGGUCCAGAACAACCUGAGAGAAAUGUGGGCUCUCUUCGACUUUGCCUGUCAGGGCACCCUCCUCGGCAUGGCCAAAACAUUCAAAGCGGAGUACGAGAACCCCAUCACCCGGGCCCGGGAGAAGGACGCCACUCCAGGAGAAAAGGCGCUGGGGUCCCGGAUGUCAGAGAACCUGAUGGCAAUAAUAAAACCGUAUUUCCUGCGCAGGACCAAGUCCGAAGUACAGAAAAACAAAACAAACAGCACACGUAACAAGGAACACUUGGAGGACCAUGUUCCGAACCUUGAAGCAGACUCUGGAGCGGUGAUGCCCAAAUUGACGAGAAAGAACGACCUGAUCGUCUGGACUUACCUGAGUGCCGUUCAGGAGGACAUCUACAGGCAGUUCAUAUCGCUGGACCACAUCAGAGAGCUCCUGCUGACCACCCGAUCGCCUCUAGCUGAGUUAAACAUUCUGAAAAAGCUGUGCGACCACCCGAGGCUCCUCUCUGCUGCCGCCAUCGCCAAGUUAGGCUUGGAGGAGAGUGCAGCUGAGUGCCAGGAGUCCACAGAGGCCAACGAUCACAGCAUCAUCAGCGUUCCUGAUCACACCUUGAUCUCAGAGUCUGGGAAGAUGGUCUUUCUUUUCUCUCUCCUAGAUCGGCUCAGACAGGAAGGCCACCGCACCCUCGUCUUCGCCCAUUACAGGAAGGUGCUCGACAUCAUCGAGCGCAUCCUGGGCAACAGAGGCUUCAAAGUGCUGCGGCUCGAUGGAACCAUCACUCAGAUCACAGAGCGAGAGAGGCUCAUCUCUCUGUUCCAGACUGACAGACGCUACUCCGUCUUCCUCCUCACCACCCAGGUCGGUGGAGUCGGCAUCACCUUAACGGCAGCCGACAGGGUGGUCAUCUACGACCCCAGCUGGAACCCUGCGACAGACGCCCAGGCCGUUGACAGGGCGUACCGCAUAGGCCAGACUGAAAAUGUCGUCAUCUACAGGCUGAUCACCUGCGGCACCGUGGAGGAGAAGAUUUACCGCCGGCAGGUUUUCAAAGACUCUCUUAUUCGGCAGAAUACCGGGGACAAGAAGAACCCGUUUCGGUACUUCAGCAAACAGGAGUUGAAGGAGCUCUUCACCUUGGAGGACACGCAGUCCUCCUCUACGCAGCUCCAGCUUCAGGCGCUGCACGCCAGGCACCGGCGCACCGACCCUGAGCUAGACAAACAUAUCGCACACCUCCACACCAUGGAGAUGUUUGGGAUUUCUGACCAUGACCUCAUGUUUACGCUUGACAUCAACCACGACGAGGCCCUCGAGAACCAAGAGGAGCAUCAUUACAUCGAAGGGCGGGUCCAGAAGGCUCAGGAGCUCAUGAAGGCGGAGUCUGAGCUGCAGAUGCAGCUGGCAGAGAGCAUGGUGUCCAGCACGGAGCCGGCAUGGCUCCGAUACCCAGCAGGGGACAGCAGCCGGGAGCGGUCCCGUGAGAAGAAACCACGUCCUUCAUAUCCGAAGCAGGACACGAGCCUGGCCUGGCCUCCAGCUGUGGUGGAUUUGGAACAGACUGGAAAGGAGGCCACUCUGGAGAAUCUCAGCAAGGGAGUGAUUGAUCUGACUGCAGAGGAGAGCACAGCCGAGGAGCAGAUCGCAGAGGUCAGCGCGGUGGUGCAGGAGGAGGAGGAGCUGCAGGAGGAGCUGCUGUCUCAGCUGCAGCUGGAGGGAAGUUUCGACGUGGGUAAAUCUCUUUGUGAGUGGCAGCAGAAAGAAGCGUCAAGGCACAGCGCGAGCAACGGCCACGCCGUCCGCCUCAAUGAGUCACAUGACUCAGUCGUGGGUAUCAGGAAGAAAAAGGCUGCCGUGAUUUAUGACAGUGAAGAGGAGACGCAGGAGGAGGAGGAUGGGCAGCUUGAGAACUCCUUCCAGGUUUCCGGAGCAUCGACGCCAAAGUCGGCGUGCACUGGCACCACGCCGCUCCGUACUCGAAAGAGCAUCGGUGGAAACACGUCCGUGGCUUCUCACCGCUCCUUCCUCCAAUCCAUCAUCGAGGACACGGACAACCAGGACAGCCAUGAAGAUGAUGGUGAUGCUUCGGAUGUCCAUUCAGAUGAGGCCGAAGAGGACAUGAUUGGUUCGGCUCCUGAUGAGGUUGAGGAGGAGGAGCCCAGUGGAGAGACCGUAAACUCAGAGGAGGAAGUUGAAGAAGAGGAGAUGGAGGAGGAAUUUGAGGAGGAAGGAGACACUGAGGAAUGUGGAGAAGGGAGCCUCCUGGAGGAAACGUCCACCGAGCCUGAGUUGGCAUCAAACGAGGCGAUGGAUCAGUGCACCGCCGAGACGGGUGUAAAGGAGGUCGAGGACGAGAGCUACGACUCGCUGGUGCGGCGAGGGCGGGAGUGCUACAGCAAAGCGGAGCUGGACGAGGCCCUGGACUUCUUCCUCAGAGCCAUCGACAUCAAACCCGGAGAUCCGGAAAUUCAGCUCAUGACCAUCCAGCUGUACCGGCAGCUGAGUCAGGUGGCGAGGAGAUCCUAACAGAAAAGGACGAUCGGGGCGGCGAGGUCGAGCUCUGCCGGCCCGCCGCUUCACGCCAAAGCUGUAAAUCUUUCAAACGUGUCUGGCGUGUUCGUCUUCUCCGUGAGAUCGCGCUGAGUGUUUGAACUUCUUUCAGUGAUGUAACUAGAAUCAGGUGUGUCAUCAUCCACCACGAAACGACCAGUUUUCAUCUGUGACCUGUACUUAUUGUAAAAUAUUUUGAAAUUAAGAUUGUCAAAUUAAAAUUCAUGUUUGUCUAAUUUAAA